AUAACUUUAAAUCACAGUAAUAAAUAUUGCCUGUUAGUGAGAAACAUCCACUUGAACUCUUCACACUGCACACUGACUUUAGUGUAUAGAUUUCGACCAUGUUCUACAUUAUUAUACACUAUUCUUUAAGGAAGAUGACCAAGUUUUUGAAGAUGUGCCAUAAGUGGUCAUUUAAUUUGAAAGCAUAAUGAAUUUCCUCCUCUGGUUCCAGCCGUACAACCAUAGCGAUGUACGGGUUUACCCUUAGAUCAGGUGAUAGUUCAUAAAGUAUCUCCUUAGUCAAAGCAGAAUCUCAGAGAGUGAGGGGAUGGGCUGUUAGGAGCCUCAGCAGAGCACUCCUUCUGCAGCCUCUGUCCAAGCCAGAGCUGUGCUGUCCGUUUGAAAAAGUUUGGGCAAAUAAACUACCCAAAUGGGAAGCGGAAUUAGUUCAGAGAGCAAGGAGUCAGCCAAAAGAUCAAAAGAACUGGAGAAAAAGCUUCAAGAAGAUGCGGAGCGAGAUGCAAGAACUGUAAAGUUGCUGUUAUUAGGAGCAGGAGAAUCUGGAAAAAGUACAAUUGUUAAACAAAUGAAGAUCAUCCAUAAGAAUGGUUACAGUGAACAAGAAUGCAUGGAGUUCAAAGCAGUAAUUUACAGUAACAUAUUGCAAUCCAUCCUAGCUAUUGUGAAAGCCAUGACUACCCUUGGGAUUGAUUAUGUGAAUCCCAGAAGUGCAGAAGACCAACGACAACUUUGUGUGAUGGCGAACACUCUGCAAGAUGGUGGCAUGACACCUGAACUGGCUGAGGUGAUAAAAAGACUCUGGAGAGACCCAGGAGUUCAGACCUGCUUUGAAAGGGCAUCUGAAUAUCACCUCAAUGACUCAGCAGCUUACUACCUUAAUGAUGUAGAUAGAAUCACAGCUCCUGGAUAUGUCCCAAAUGAGCAAGAUGUUUUACAUUCUCGAGUGAAAACAACUGGAAUCAUUGAAACUCAAUUCUCCUUCAAAGAUUUGCAUUUCAGAAUGUUCGACGUAGGAGGACAGAGAUCUGAGAGAAAGAAAUGGAUUCACUGCUUUGAAGGCGUUACAUGCAUUAUAUUUUGUGCCGCGCUCAGUGCCUAUGACAUGGUCCUAGUGGAAGAUGAGGAAGUGAACAGAAUGCAUGAAAGCCUUCACCUAUUCAACAGUAUCUGUAAUCACAAGUACUUUGCAACCACCUCCAUUGUCCUGUUUCUCAAUAAAAAGGAUCUCUUUCAAGAAAAAGUAACCAAAGUGCAUCUUAGUAUCUGCUUUCCAGAAUACACUGGACCAAAUACAUUUGAAGAUGCAGGGAACUACAUCAAAAACCAGUUUCUAGACCUGAAUUUAAAAAAAGAAGAUAAGGAAAUUUAUUCCCACAUGACCUGUGCUACAGAUACCCAAAAUGUCAAGUUCGUGUUUGAUGCAGUUACAGACAUAAUUAUCAAAGAGAAUCUAAAAGACUGUGGGCUUUUCUAAUCAGCCCUUUUUUCUUCCACUCUUGUUCUUGUACACUUUUCAAGAUAUAAAAGGAAAGGUGCUGUGUGAUGUGUUUAGUUUUAAUAAUAUUAACUUAUCUAGAAAUAUAACUAGUGUUAUAAAACAAAAAGUUUUCAUAUAAAAAUUUUAACAUAUUGUCAGCUCUCUGGAUGUUUCAGUUUCUUUGGCACAGUGAGGAUGGGGGUGUCUUUGAUGUCUGAUGUCCUUAGGUCUGAAAAUAUACAUUUUGGUAAAGCUCUAUCAGUACAUAUCACUGACACUGAAUUUUCUUGGUAGUAAAUUUCUGUAUUGUGGUCUAUUUUUAAUCAUAGAACAAUGAAAAAAUGCAAAGUAUCCCAUAUUAUUUUCAUUGGCUAGAAUUUGAGAGGCAUUUGUUUUCACUGAUAUGUAAUUGUGCCUGUACUAUAAAGACUAUUUAUUAUUGGCCCAUUACUCCUAUUCAGUAAGCUGCUAAUGAAAUGUUCACUCUACAUGUACUUGUUGGUAGGAAAUUUUAUAUGCAAAAGAAAUGCACGUAAUUUUAUCUGUCAUGUUUUCCUUUGAAAAAAGUGAUCAGUGCUGAAUUUUACCUUAGAAUUGAAGAUUUUAACACAAUAUCAUUUUGUAUCAGCCUAGUUAAAAAUGGGACCGUGUAUGGUCAAAUAUAUAGCAUAAGGCUGUUCAGGCUGAACAACAGUCCUUAAUGGAGUACUUAUUCUCACAUUUUGCUCCAGAGUGGCAUGGAGCAUUAUUACAAUUGAUUACAAUUUUAAGCCACAGAGAGGAAAAUAAUUCAGUUUCUUAACACUAGUAUGUUUUGCUUUUAUGAAUAAGAAGUAGGAAGUAAGAGUGAGUAAUUAGGAGAUUUUUGUGGAAGAGAAACAUUGAGCUUUUCAGUACUGUAAGGUCCAUUCUAAAUGCUAUACAGUAUGCUAAUGGUCAAGCCUGUUUUUUUAAAACCUAAUCUGGUGCGUUACAGACCAAAUCAUAUGAUUUGCAAAAAAAGAUGACUUCUUCCUUUCUUGAAGUGUGUAACAUUUAUAACAUAUACUUUUCAAGCAGGUCUUAACACUGUUUGCCUUCUACCAUGGGAAAAAGAUGAUACAUUGGUCAGAAUAGUAGGUCAAUGCAUGAGAUUUCUAACUACCCUGAAAAGAGAGCUAAUUAGGUUUUUACAAGCUAGAUGAGGAAAAGGUAAAUUAACCCAUUUGCCAAUCUGAUGAAUUCAGGUAGUUUUGUCUCAAUGUCACUUCUUCACUUCACGGUUCUGUAACAUUUCCAUUCUAAACACUUAAGAAUUAUCACUAUUCCAUAAGUAGCCUUGACUGGAGUGUCUGUGGCUUUAU